AAGGAGAUGGAGGAGAAUCACCCCGCACCAGCUGCUGGAGGAGAAGUGAAGGGGAAGGAACCAGAAGGUACGCGUCCUAUAAUAUGACUGUGAGAUGAAGAAGAGUAAAAAACCAAGUAUCCUUUAUACUUCCCCACAACCAUGAUCAUGAUCCCAUCUUAAUCUUUACCCAAUUUCUCUAAGCGUAAGCUAGAAGACAGAGAAGAAAAUCAUUUACAACACUAUGAAUCAUACAGUUUCUUGUGAUUCAGGAAAACCCUGUUGUUCCACUUGCUCACAAUCAACAGGUUCCUAGAAAUAUUGCACUUGUUCCUCGUCACAACCAACAACAGGAACAGGCUCCUCCGAACGCUGGGUACACCCAGCACGGAGGCUGCAAGAACAACAAGCGCAAAAGAGAGAGGAAAGGCGGAAGCAGCAGCUGCAAGAGGCAAAGCGGAAGAUAGAGAUGCAGGACGAACAACGCCAAGAAGAAAAUCAGAAUAUGGAAGUAAAGAGUGAGGGGGCACAACGUACUAAGCGUUUUAGAAUAAGUAUCUUCGUGAGUGUCUUAUUUCUGAUGAGAAAAAUAUGAAAUAACCUUGUUGAUAAGUAUACGCAUUAUACCUAGUUAGUUCUUAUACUACCAAGACUGAGGUACUAACCUACUUCACACAAUUCUUAUGGCAGUCUGCACUGAACUUUGUGCGGAUAAACAUGCAAGCUCUUCCCUUUCGGAUAAGCAUGGCACUACAAAAAAAAAAACGGGAACUUGCUCGCAAAAUACGCAGGUAGGUUUUGACUUAUCGGAACUCGCUCGCACUACAAAAAAAAAAAAACGGGAUUAAUUGUAUUGUAUUGUAUUGUAUUGUAUUGUAUUGUAUUGUAUUGUAUUGUAUUGUAAGUACAACGAGAAGAUCGCGAAGAAAAAUCAUCUCGUUUCUUGUGAGUAGAUAGUAGAUGUCUAUUUACCAAAAUCAAUUUCAAUCCACAGCUCUCGAGAAGCUGACGUGGGGAAAACGAAAGGAACUUGAGAAAAAAGAGAAAGAACGGAAGAGGGCGCUUGCAGAGCGGUUGGCAGAAGAAGUAAAAGCGCAAACAAUUAAGGCUCAAAUAUAUUUCCUUUUCUUUUCUAGUUCUCCAACCAUGAAAGUCAUUUCUCGCAGCGGUUUUCUUUUUCUUAUAUAUGUACCAGGGAGGGAGGCCCUCCGCCUGUGGAUGGAUCUGUGGUGGACCACGCCAGAGGGGUCCAGCCUUGCCACCUUUGCCAGGUCUGUCGGGUUGGGCACAUGCAACACGCCAGAGGGGCCCAGCCUUGCCACCUUUGCCAGGUCAGUCGGGUACAUGCAACACGCCAGAGGGGUCCAGCCUUGCCACCUUUGCCAGGUCUGUCGGGUAGGUACAUGCAGCACGCCAAGGGGGUGGGCUCCGCCUCCCCUGCCUCCUCUGCCAGCUCUGUCGGGUACCUGCAACACGACAAGAGGGCUCAGCCUCUGCCACCUUUGCCAGGUCUGUCGGGUACAUGCAACAGGCCAGCGGGGUCCUGCCUUGCCUCCUUUGCCAGCUUCAACGCCCUCCGGUUUGGUGGCGCUCUAGGGUACAGGCAAGAAGCGGGAAGGGGUCAGGGGUGGGCGCUUUGAGGCCUUCCCGCCUGGCAGCCCCUCACAAAGAGGGCCCGGGGCUGGGAGGCCCCCCCCUCAAAAAGUUAGAUCGGGGGGGCGAUCAGCCUUGAGCCCGGGGACCCGACAUAUAUAGGGACUCGGAAGAAAUGAUAACGAAGGGAAGACGAAGAAAUGAAAGGUUUUGAGCACUAAAACGGAGCCAAUGUCACCUGCGGAACAGGCGUGGGAGGAGAAAAAGCUGGAGAGGAACCGGCGAGCGCGACAGUCCGCAGAACCUGCAAAGAAGGAAGCGCCAUCGCUGCGUACUACACCAUAAGAACUUCUAUUAUGUGUUAGUAUAAAUAAUUGUUAUUGUUGACAUUAGAAGUGUUCUUUAAGUACGUAAGCGUAAAUGAGUACAAAACCGAUGAUGAGAGAAUAAAUAUGGGUGACUGAUGCAUGACGUUCGCUACUUCUCACCACAGACCCACUUUAUUUUUUUUAGUAAGCAUCCAUCUAAAACUACUUUUCACAUUCUGCGACAUGCAAAAGGAGAACGAAGUAGAUCCAUCUGCAGCUACUGAUAAUAUGUUAUUGAUAUACGACAACUCAACAAAGGAAAGUUUUCCUCUGAAUCGACAGCUGCCGGUGCCAAAGGACCUAAAUAUUCUCAACCUACCCCUACAAUUCUCCAGUAAUCAUUCUCCAAGCAACAUAGCCAUUGAAUCAAUUAUUUUCUCGACAGGCGCAGCUUCAAGUGGUCCGGUGGAGAAGUCAGUUUUGUGCACGGAGUUUUUCCAUUUCACGGUUCAGGGUUUGGUCGACACAAAGGACGUUUUCAAAGAUUAAGGUGGAGAGAAAAACUCUAACUCAGAAAUGAUGAGAUCAGAUUCUCUUCUCUUUGUAGGAUCGGCAUCAAAAAUGCUUGUUAAAAGUAUUGCCAUCGAGGAAUACUAUGCUCAGAAGAUAUUUUUCCGGGAAGUCGUGGGCUAAAUCCGAACCGACUGACAAAACGUCAGCAAUAUUACAGGUGAUACAAAAACAUCGACCGGCAGUGACCAGAGUGAAGCGAAGAAAGACAAUAAUAUUCUUUCAUACAAUGUCGACUGUAUGUGUAUACAGUCUGUCCCUCUGUCGACGGACACCGUGUACUUUUCUCGAGCACAACGUAAUUCAUACAAUAUCCCUUACUAGACUCCCUAGAUACCCACACAACCUGCGUCCUCAUUUGUAAAAAAUGAUAAGUUCCCUAGAGUUGAUGGCCUGCUGGUCUCCUUGUUAGACGCCGUCUAGUCCAUUCAUCAUCGUACCGCAAUUAUAUCUUGUACUGUCCUGCUUAAAUCUACGAUUACAACUCUAAAACUCCAUGAACACGGUGGAGGACUGGAAGAAGAAAGCAGGAGAUCCCCAAACCCUGCGUUAUGCACUUGAAAAGAAGGGUAUCAGCGACAGAAAGUCCCGGGACAAAUGGGUCGUCGCCUAUGGUUAUGGCUUAACACUGCUGCUCUCCACAAGAUCAAAGUAGAACGUAGACAGAGAAUAACGUGUGUUUGGUGACGACCUACGACGAUCAUGUGGACGUCCGCUGAAGCAUGUUUUUAGUAAGUUAUUACUCGCGCUCGUGACUGCCUUCGGGAAUGAACAAGAAUCAUUCCUGAUCGUGCGCGAAGAGCGGUUCCUUGUCGGCUUUGUCCUGAACUUGCUUAGUAACGCCGCGGCAGCGGGCAUGAUCCGUGGCUGCUUUUUGGUGAUACUUGAUAGUAUAUCGCUCGGUUUGCUUGCUCUUCGUAGAAGGUACAGGCAGACUGAGUGAGCCUCUCUUUCAAUAAGUUACUUUGAAACACGAGGUACCAUGACAUGACAUGACAUUGCCGGUAUCAGAAUUUAUCGCGAACCUGCCAUGUAUUUACUAUAGGAACGAAUCUUCAUGAAGUAUCGAUGAAAGUCAAUCAUAGCUCUAACAUUCCUCGGAGAAUGAAGCCGCAGUGAACCACGCCUUCAACUACUACAAGAGGGAUGACGUCUGCGGUGGGGCAGAGAUGCCGUCGAAGGACCCAAGCGUUCAAGAUAUCACCGGUUUUAGGAAGAAAUGGAUGAGCACAAGCCAAGCAGAUUGGGAGGUUCUUGCCCUGAACGCUUUUCUUAUGGCUUCUUGAAAAUGAAAUACAAAAAUUACAACCUCAAGAAGGAACUCAGUAGUUUGACCUUCGCAACAAGGCACCGGGGCCGCUUUCUUCCUAGUACACCAGAUGAAGAAGUCGAUGCUUUUAGUUCCUUGCCAUAACAACCUAUGUGCAAUCUUCCUAAAUAUCUGAUACAUAGUGACUACUUCUACCAGCUCCUGCAGGAACAGUCCAGGUGUAAUCUUCCCAAAUAUCUGACACUGUCACUGACUUCUUUUCCCAGCUCCUCUAAUGUUUGGCGAUUUGACCUCAAAGAUGUCAGACCUCUAGUUGAUGAGGACCUCACCACUUCGCCUCUGGUUAAAAAGGACGACAAUGGCAACCCGUUGACCCCUAUAUUAUGAUUCGUUCUUCUCGCUCGUGUUGGACUUGGAUGACAAUAAAAUGCAUUUUUAUUUUACAGUUUUAUGGUCUUUUAUCUUUUUCUCUUUAACAAAUUGAAAGCAAACAAUUGUCACCAAAGUUCGCAUCUCCACCAAAUUUCCUGUUUGUGUUAAAAUUUACUAUGUUACCUCAAGUAGAACAAACUGUUAUUUUACAGUCUUAAUCUCUAAAUCAUGAUGAGGAAUCUUGAUCCUCAUGAAGAUGCUCGGGCAGAAUGCACUAUUUAUAGAAAUAUGUCCAAAUGUUGAGCAAUUAUCUAUCAUCGAUCCACCUCAUGCUCAUGAUCCUUGCGAAGAGGAGCAAUGCACUGAAUAUGAAAAUAAUAUCUUCGGAACAUACAAGAUACAUAAACCAAUACCCGAGACUAUCCUCGACGCCUCUAACGCAGGAAAAAAAGGGGAGAGUGGAACGUCGCGAAACAUAUUUGCAUAAACCGUUAAGAAGAGUUGUUUGAGUUUGAUGUCAAGAAGACAAUAUCUUUAAAAAAAAAUAGACCUCUACUCCUGCUUUCUUUGGUUCAUCUUUCAGCGGAUCCUACUAGUGAACUAGAUGAAGAGAGUCUCGAAGAGAUAAGGAGCUGCUGACAAUGGCGAUCACCCAUGAUGGUGAUCGACUCGCUAAGGGUAAGGAGCUUACAAUAGCACUAAUAGGCUCUUGUCACCCAUAGUGGUGAUCGAGUCGCUACACCUUUACUAUGUAUACAUAGCAAUAGGCUCUUGUCAUCCAUGAUGGUGAUCGAUUCGCUAAGGAGCUUACAAUGGCAAUAGACUCUUUUCACCCAUGAUGGUGAUCCUCUAAAAUCUGAAGUGACGAAAGCGGUGAGGGGAGCAUGUUGCCCUACAAUAUUAUGCAUGGCUUUAUAUAUUUACUGUAAGUUAACCUUAGCAUCAUCGCGGCCUAAUAAACUCUUCAACGCCUCCUGUUCUUGUGACAAACUUCUUUCAACUUUUUCUGCAAAAAAUGAUGAUAGUAUGAUUACUUGGAUCAACUACACUGCUACUUCUCCCACUUUUAUUUCUGCUCACUCUAAGGAAAGGCAAGGAGGACGCUGUUUUCUUUGAUGAAUUGGAGCGAGUCUAUGGAGAUCAUUCGAGUGGCGGCCGGGGCUUGACGACUCCUUUUGAAACGAUAUAUAAAGAUAUCGAUAAGACAGUGGAGAGUGGGAACUAGAACAUGAUGCAUCUUCUUCAGUAUAUCCAUUCUCCAAGUUGUCUAGAUUUGUUAAGGAAAGGGAAACACGAACUACAAACAUGAGAAAUAUCACCUAAGACGGCUUCUAUCACGAACGAACAAAAGACUUCUAUGGAUGAGCCAUCACGAAUGAGAAUAGCACAACUAUGGGGAACAAGGAACGUAUACGUAAGUACACAACAUGACAAAUUACAAGGGAUAUAUUUGAUAGAAUGAUCGAUAAGCCAAAGCCAUGAUAAAGUGGAGAUGGGGAACUAGAACCAGAACAUCUUCUUCAGUAUAUUCUUCACAAUUUGAUGGAAAUGGACCAUAAUGAGUAACUAGAGUACUUGAAUAGAACAACCGUGCAGAAGGAAUUCACACAUGACAAAUCACAUCUUCGAAGCUACUUCAAUCGCAAGAGAAGUUCAAACAUAAUAGAUACACACCAACAAUGACAACGAUACACAUUCACAUGAAGAAAAUGUUGACAUGAUGAUUUGAUUAAGAUUAGAAAUAACCGAGCACGACUAACAAGAUCUUCAUAUUAUUAUGUAUGUGGGUUGUAUUACUUUAUCUUGUAUACGAGGAUAGACACUUAGAAAUGGAUAAAGUCUACAAAUCUGAAUCAAUAAAGUCUACAACAAUCUUGAACAUUGACGACCAGCCAGCACGACCACCUAUUUAUAAUUGUAGCUAUGUUGUUCAAUCAUCUUGAAGACCUGCAGCACUGUAACCACGACAACGGUCUUGCUGAAUGAAUUUCAAAAAUGUAUGUAGUCCUACCUCGAUUUGGGUUUGCCUCUGUACUAUCACACUGAAAAUAAAGUAGUUCAACUCCAAAAAUAAUAAAGUAAAUAGUAAACUACUAGUACUACUAGCCCCCUGGAGAGGUUCCCCAGGGAGAGGAGUCGAAGGGAAGACGAGACACUCGCUAGAGGGUGAACGUAGAGGGCACGCAAAGAAGUGCGCUAACUUUCAAAAUACUUUCAAAGUUCACGCCUUAACUUUCAAAAUUCAUGUCCUAACUUUCAAAAUUCAUGUCCUAACUUUCAAAAUUCAUGUCCUAACUUUCAAAAUUCAUGUCCGAACUUUCAAAAUUCAUGUCCUAACUUUCAAAAUUCAUGUCCUGACUUUCAAAAUUCAUGUCCUAACUUUCAAAAUUCAUGUCUGAACUUUCAAAAUUCAUGUCCUAACUUUCAAAAUUCAUGUCCUGACUUUCAAAAUUCAUGUCCUAACUUUCAAAAUUCAUGGCCUAACUAUCAAAAUUCAUGUCCUAACUUCGAAGGCUAGGGGCCAAAACGUAAGCGCCUAACUCAAAACGUAAAUUCAAAAUGUAAAUUCAAAAUUCAAAAUGUAAAUUCAAAAUUCAAAAUGUAAAUUCAAAAUAUAAAAAGAAAAAUCAAAAUUCAAAAUGUAAAUUCAAAAUUCAAAAUGUAAGUUCAAAAUGUAAAUUCAAAAUAUAAAAAGAAAAAUCAAAAUUCAAAAUGUAAAUUCAAAAUUCAAAAUGAGAAUUCAAAAUCAAAAAAGAAAAAUCAAAAUCAAAAAAGAGAAAUCAAAAUCAAAAAAGAGAAAUCAAAAUCAAAAAUAAGAAAAGAAAACCAAGGCAAAACUUUAUAAGUAAAUAGAUUCAUGUAUGUAGUGCUAAAAAGUAGAACAUUUAUUCUCGAGAUGCAUGACGACGACGAGCUUGGACGAAUGCAAUGUACUUACUUUGAAAAAGAUCUGCUCAUGGCACCAGCUAUGGCUUUUACUAAAAAAUGACAUGAUGAGACUCAGGCUGCUGAUUCUCCUUUUAUUUGACAAUGUUAUAUUUUUUCGACUGG